AGUGCCGCGGAGCAUAUGAGCGCGCCUGGCUUUUACGUCUAGCUUCCCAGCCGCCGCGCGCGCACCUGCCGCGCGCCGCGCCGAGUGGGCCAUGGGGGGCUCCCUUGCCCCCAACGGCUCCGUGGCUGUCACGCCCAAGCUGGACCCUCGGCGGAGCGGCGGCGCUUCUUCCUCAGCCUCCACGGUGAGGUCCGGGCCGGACUACCGCGGCUGCAAGAACGGGGCGCUGAUGGACAGCUUCGGCAUCUUCCUGCAGGGGCUCCUGGGGGUUGUGGCCUUCAGCCUCCUCCUGCUGAAACGCUUCAGAGAACCAAAGCAUGAAAGACGUCCUUGGAGAAUUUGGUUUUUGGAUACUUCCAAACAAGCCAUAGGGAUGAUGUUCAUCCAUUUUGCCAAUGUAUAUUUAUCAGACCUUACUGAAGAGGAUCCCUGUUCACUAUACCUUAUCAAUUUUCUGCUAGACGCCACUUUAGGAAUGCUGGUAAUUUAUGCUGGUGUCCGAGCCGUAAGCAGUGUUGUUGAACGACAGCAAUGGGAAUCUCUUCGUUUUGGUGAAUAUGGGGACCCAUUGCAAUGCCGUGCUUGGGUAGGCCAGUGUGCAUUGUACAUAAUUAUCAUGAUGUUUGAGAAAACAAUCAUAAUUAUAGUUCUCCUAAUACCUCAGUGGAAAGAGAUAGCUUUGUUGAACCCUAUAGAGAAUCCUCAGUUGGAGUUGGCUAUUGUGAUGCUGAUAGUCCCCUUCUUUGUAAAUGCAUUAAUGUUUUGGGUUGUUGAUAACUUCCUUAUGAAGAAAGGAAAGACAAAAGCUAAACUUGAAGAAAAAGAAUCAGGUCAAGAUUCAAGAAAUGGGAGCAAAAUCCGAUAUAGGAGAGCAGCGUCACAUGAGGAAUCAGAGUCAGAGAUUCUAAUUUCAGCAGAUGAUGAAAUGGAGGAAUCUGACGUGGAAGAGGAUCUUAGGCGACUGACUAAUUUAAAGUCUGUUAAGAAAAAGAAGCAUCGCUUUGGUCUGCCUGUAUGACAGGCUCUGCAGUCUGGAUACUUGCAGUUAAUGAGGGAUCUGUCCACCUCAGUGAAUUUUCACUUGGCCAUAGGAUGCUUGUUGCCUCAAGACUGUGAAUCAAAGGGAACACAGACCAUUGGAAACACUUACCUGUUCAGUUGCACUAUGGAAAAUAUGCAAGAAUCUCUUCUCAACGUGUGUUCACAAAUUCUUGUCACCACGGUGGUUUAGAUGGAGGAGAGCCUUCAGAACACAGGCAUAGAAUACCAUCACUUCACUAGGGUUCCUCAGUGACACUCUGAAAAUAACAGAAGAAUUGACAAACUUUGAAUCAGUAUGUUUUAUCCCAAAAGAACCCAGAUUUUUGCAGAGUACUGCUGAAGCUGAAUAGUUUUACAGUUACAAAUUAAUGGUACCUAUGGAACUAAUGGACUGCAAAGUUUUUUUUUUCUUUUCAGAUCUCUUCUAACCUGUUUAAACUUUUAUAUUUAAGUUAUAUUUUCAUACUGGGAUAUUUAAGGAGUCUCUUUGUCAAAGAAAUUGUACUGUUGCUUAGUGUGUGUGGUUAAAAUGGUCAGAUGUGCAACAAAAAUGGUUUUCCAUUGUCUAUAUCACAUAAAGAAGGAUAGUGCAGGGACAAAGGGAAGUGGCAUCUGAUUGCUUUCUAGAAUGAGAUGGCCUUGCUCUGAAGAGAAUCUGAAGCAAAGAACAAAGAACAAUAAAGUGGCAGCAGUGAUCACUUUUGAAACAGGGGUGUUGUUCUGAGUGUAUGCUGAGCACUUUAGCAGAAAAGCAACAAAUACAGGGUUUUCUUCUGUAUAUCAACUAGCCACUUAAAACUAUUUUGAUAAUAAUGGUUUCUUCAGUAUUUGCAAAUCCUUUGAUCUCAGAGCAAAACUAUUCCAAAGCUUCAGCGAACAUUCCUUGUUUUCAAAAGCUAAUGUAGUACAGAUAAGAGCAUUUUGCUUCUUCUCAGUGCAGUUCAGCUGGCUGCUAGAGAGUCCAUGAAUUACUAUGGCUUAUUCUCCCUUUUUCUUUUCUUUUCUGUUUCUUUUUGUUAAGUCUCAUUUCAGAUGGCUAAGUCAGAGUCAAAGCAUAGUAUAAUGAACAUAAUCUGGUGAUUAAUGUUAAUGUCAUUAUGGCUACCCUAGGGUUACUGGGAAGUGUCUCUGUUGAUGAAAUACUUGUAGGCCUGUUGUUAAUUGGGAUGUCUGAUAGCCCAUUUUAUUAUUACUUGCAGUGAUGGCUAGUGCUGUUGGUUUGGCAGGGCAGAGGAAACAGUAGCCAAUGGUAGGAAGAGCCAGCUAAUUCUGGUUUUGCCCUGAUCCUCAUCUCUUGUGAUGAUGCUAAAACUAUUCAGCAGUGGACAGCAGUGCAAUUUCUUAAUAUUGACCUGAAAAGAUUAAUAAUCUUUUAUAAGACAAUAGGACAGUGAUGUAUCAAUGUACUUGGUUCUCUGAUGAUUUCUUCAAUCUAUUAUUUUUUCCAGCCAUUCCAUUGAGUGGAAAAGGAAAAGCUUAGGGACAGAGUGGUGCUGUCUAUAUAUAUAGAGAGAAGGAUAUCUUAAGAGUGGUCAUCUUGACAUGUUUCUUAGUUUUUAAUUAAUUAAAAACAAAUGGCUUUCCCUCUGCUGUGCUCUGCUCUGAAAUGGGCAACGACAAGUAGCAGACUGGCAUAUAGUUCUUUACCUCUCCUUUAAGUUACUAUAAGCCUGUUCCAGCAGAGGAGUAUCUUAUACUACAUUUUAGAAGGUCAUACUUAAAACUAUUUUUGGAAAUUUGCUGUACCUCUCGGAAUGAGAAAAGCAGUGUUAAGCACAAUGAACACAAAUUCUAGAUCAGGGGUGUCAAACCUGAUCGUAUCCAGGGCGAUGUUGUGAUGUACUGGGAUGUUUUUGCCUUUGCGGAGCCAUGGUGGGCGUGGCGUGUGGGGGGUAUAUUCGGCCCAUGGACCACCAGUUUGACAGACUUGUUCUAGAUCUAGGGACCUGAAAUUUGUAACUGUUGUCUUUUUAAGAAUGGUCCCAGAGAUUUCCUUCUAGGUUUUGUACUGACUCCUUUCCACUAGGUCAGUUUUAUUAUCAUAUUUAUUUUCUGUCCCAAAUACACAAAAAGCUCAAACCAAGGGCUUUAAAAAGUUAUCAGAAUUUCUUUCCUUCCUUAUUUAUUGCAUUUUUAAAAAAAAAAAUCAAACUAGUGCUGUGCCAAAGCCUGCCUUACAAUUUCUUAAAAUAUUUUUUUCUGUCAUAUUCUCAGGUUACUUGAGAAUUACUUCCCUUGAUGAUAUUUUUGUUGGAGGUGGGAAAAGCAAUUGCUGCUGCUUUCUGUGAUAUGUUUUUCUAUCAUUCAUAAGCUUCCCAGACUACUCAUCCUUUCCAAUCUGAAAAGCAAAUGUGAGGCCGAAAAGUGAAAAGAUUGUUAUAUAGUACAAGAUGAGAUGUUCAAAUACAACCCUUGGCCACCACAUCAAAAAAUAAAGAAGAACACUAUACCAGAAUCUCUUUAAAAUUGCUUUUUGGAAUAAUUUUUAAUAAUUAAUUGUAAUUUAAUAAUUUUUAAAUUCUUCUUCAGUUACCAAUAGAAAUAAAAUUGCAGGAUAUUUCUUUUCCAAAUGACUGACAUAAACACUGGCUGCCAGACUCUUUACAUAUCUAGUGUUCAUAUUGUAAGCAUGCAGACUUUCACUGAAAAACUUAAGUACUUCAUAUCUUCUUCCUUAACUUUAUUUGUUCAAAAGACAAAUCAACACUUUCUCCACUUGCACCCCUGAAUUCCAGAUGUAUUUCCCCUCAAUAACUGUAACAACAGGACCCUUCCAAGAAGAAAGAAACUGCUUUUGGUGCUCAUAGACAAAACUAUACUGUGCACAUUUCUAUGGUUAGUCUGGAUUAAAUUACACGUAUCCUGCCAUGGCACUAGCAAGCACUUCAAAACACUAUUUGCAACCAUUCUGGUGAACUGACUAGUUAAUAGGUUCUAUAUCCUUCCGUCUUUUCUCCCUGCCCUGCCUCUUCAAAUUUAUUGAAUUUUUAGAGAGGCUUCCUUUGUUUUUACCCUCUUCUGGGGCCCUUGUAAGUUGUUUCCUGAACUUUACAAAUCCAAUGCCAGAGACUUGCUGAGGAGCAAGAUGGUUAAUCCUUUGUAGGUUGUGGGGUGGCAAGGCCUGACUGGGGGCAGAUAACCAAGUUACAGAAGUGCCUCAUGAGCCUUCAGGGGCCAGCCCCCAUUGAUUUUUUUGGCUGUUUUCCAUGCUCAUUUCAAUCAAACAGCAAGAGAUGUAAGGAGAAAAAAAUCAAAUUAAUAAUAAAGAGAAAGAGAGAGAGAGAUUAUAUUUUGAGCCUUAAGCAUAUUCAUUGAUCUUUUCCAAGGCAUUUUGUAUAGUUUUUCUAUGAAUACUUGGUUUAGGAAAGGACAAGCUAAAGAGGAUCCUAGCUUUCAGAGAGAUUGGCUUAGGAUGGAAAAGUGGAUUCUUGCUGUUUUGAGUGGGGUCCUCCCCCCCUUUUUUUUUUUUGGACUGAUGGUAAUUCUAAGGUGAAGAGUGCCUACUACUCUUAGGGAAUGUUCUCAAGGUCCUGUCUUAGAGAAGGAGAGACCAGAAAGAGUUGUCUUAUUCUACAGUAUAUUUCCAGGACAUUCCUUUUUUGUGUUUAGAUGAAAAGAAAACCCAACUAUUUAUUUGAGUAUAACACUAAAAGAAGCUCCUAUAAAGUGAUAGGGCAGUGUCCAUGAUUAAUAUUGCUUCCAACAUGCUGUUUUUUUAAGUUUUUACCAUAUAAUUUUAAUACUAUGAAUCACUGUUUAUCAACCAUGACAUUUUAAAGCAGGUUUUGUUGUAUCAAUCCAUUAAGUAGAUAGUAGCAUGGUGAUUUAAUUGUAUGGCAGAAUAAAAAUUUGGAAAAAUUAUUUUUUUUAAAAGAGAUAAUGAAACAAACAAUGCCAAACACCUGUUAUUUUCUGUUUGCCUUAUGAAUUUUAAUAGUGUGUGUCUAAAUACAAAAACUUUCUUCAUUUUAUCCAGUGACGUCUAUUGUGUACAGACUACUUUUAACAGUUGGGAUAGGUGUGUUGCUGCUGAGGGAGGGAGGUUCUAAAACACCAAACCCAAAGCCUUAAAUGUGUUUAAAUAAUCCACCGUUAAACAGAGUUAAAAUUUACUGUUUUGUGUUGAAUGGCAUUGCCUAGCAGCCUGAUUUGAAGCUCAAAAGAAGAAAUAAUGUUCUUCUUAAGUAUGAGUCUGUCAAUGGUUUUUUGUAAAAUAGUGCUGAUCUUUUUCUAACGAGUCUGAGAUUCAGGUCUUUCUACACUUAGAAAUUUGUAAUAGAAUGUUGAAUAUGCUGGAGCAAAAUGGUAGCCUUCCCAUUUCCAAAUGACUAAGAAACAAAAAUAAAAUGAUCAAGAUUAGCAUCCUUCAUGAAAUCAAGACUUCUGAUAUCUAACAGAAUUGUUUUAGAAAUCCUGUAACCAUUAAUGCAGCCUUCAUUUUUUCACUUCAGUGUUUUAAUGUCUCCCCAACUACUCUUAAGUAAAAAGUAAAAUGUCCUGUACAAAUGUUGCUGGUGAAACGUGUGCUAAGUUUCUCUUCAGGGAAAAGACCUCAAACUCGUUGAAUUGUGAACCAAACUAAAACAAUGCAAAAUGUCCCAGAGCCAUUCUUUCACAAGCAGGUGCUUAGGUUUCCCAUUAAGCCUUGCUGGAAAAGAAGGGGGCAGGGCCAGAAUGUGCAGCCUUACAUUUUCUUCUUCACAAGUUGGGUCUUUGUGCUUUUUGUGCAUAGCAAAUUACAGAUUUUAGCUUCCAUAUGACAAGGGCGAUAAUGGCGAGCACACCGUGCAUUAAAACUGUUGAUGUUCAGUAAAUGAUGGGGAAAUUGUGGUUUUAGAUAUAGAAACUCUUGAAUCUUUUUUCUUUUCUUUUUUUAGUUAAAGGGGCAUUCCAAAUUGAUGUGUCCAUAAAAGGGAAAACUUGAGAGAAUGAAACUUGGAAGCCAGGAGAUGUUCCGCACUGGAAGAAGGGGUCAGAACAGUGAUUUUACCAGUUCUACCCUACUCCACGGCUGCCUCCAUUGUUGUCCCAUGAAACAACUUAUUUGAAAGCACAAGGCAGAAGGAGGGAGAAUAAGAACUGGAUCCAGCCAGUGCUAAUUAAUACACAAUGUUUUGGGGGGAUUCAAAAUGAAAAUGAAUGUCAGUCCUACAGCAUUAAAAAGGAAACCAUAAGGCCCACCAGAUCAUAAUUUUACUGUUGGUAUUUUAUGAAAAUGAAAAGCAUCUGUGUUGUACCUAAAUAAUGGUUUACAAUAAAAUCUGAUUUCAUACAAA